CAGAGGGGACCUUGCAGAAAAGGUGGGCCUGCUUCCUUGGAAGCCUAGUCUGAAUUUCACUUCCUGAAAGCCUCACCCCAUCGCUGGGAGGCCUGCCCCCUUCUUCCCAAACUCGGAGCUUCUGAGAGGUCCAUGACCUGCCACGCCCUCCCGCGCCCUCGCGGUACCGGCGGUCUGUGGGGCGGCACCGCUCUCUGGCGCCCCCAGUGGGCCGCGUUGGAACUGGGGCCACGAGGACCCACUCCUGCCCGGCUCAGGGCCGAUGGAUACAGCCCCGCGGGCUCCGGCGGCUGCGAACUCAGGGUCCUGUCUGCCCGGUGGGGCCUCGGACCCUCGCGUGGCGCAUCCUUCAAAGUCGCGAUGUCGCCGCCGCUCCUCCGUCCAGACUGGGAGGCAGGGGCCGGGGCGGACCCCACGGCCGGGCAGGUGGGCGGGGGCACCGCGCGGGAGGGGCGUCGCCGGCGGGUCACCCGGAGGAGGGCGGAUUCCUGGGGUGGGGUGCGGGGAGAGGUGGAGGCGGGAGGGAGCGGGCCGGUCCAGCCGCCUGACCUUCCAGGGCACCGCGGGGUGCGGGCGAGGCCGGAGCGCGGGCCCCGGACCGACCUCCGCCCGCCGCCUGCCCAUCCGCCGCGCCCCGCGCCCCGCGCCCCGCGCCCCGCGCCCCAGCCUGGCCCGCUGCGCCCGCCCCUGACCGCCGCCGCCCCGCGCGGCCCGGCACCCCCGCCGGCGGAUGUCGGGGGCCAUCUUCGCGCCCCUGGAGGGCCCGGGCGCCCCGGACGCGGCGGGCGGACACCCGCUCGUGUGCCCGCUGUGCCACGCGCCGUUCGAGCGCCCGUGCCUGCUGGACUGCUUCCACCACGUCUGCGCCGGCUGCCUGCGGGGCCGCGCCGCCGACGGCCGCCUGGCCUGUCCGCUGUGCCAACACCAGACGGCGGUGAAGGGCCCCAGCGGGCUCCCCCCGGUGGACCGGCUGCUGCAGUUCCUCGUGGACAGCUCCGGGGCCGGCCUGGAGGUGGUGCGCUGUGCCAACUGCGACCUGGAGUGCGGCCUGCAGGACGCGGACACCACCUACUUCUGCAACACGUGCGGGCAGCCGCUGUGUGCGCGCUGCCGCGAGGAGACGCACCGCGCCCGCAUGUUCGCGAGCCACGACAUCGUGGCCCUGGGCCAGCGCAGCCGCGACGUGCUGCAGAAGUGCGCGCUGCACGCGGAGCCCUACAUCAUGUUCUCCACCGACACCAAGGCGCUGCUGUGCAUCCGCUGCUUCCGGGACAUGCAGGGGGAGAGCCGAGCGCACUGCGUGGACCUGGAGUCGGCCUACGUGCAGGGCUGCGAGCGGCUGCAGCAGGCGGUGCUGGCAGUGAAGGCACUGCAGGCGGCCACGCGCGAGGCCAUCGCGCUGCUGCAGGCCAUGCUGGAGGAGGUGCGGCGCAGCGCGGCGGAGGAGGAGGCCUCCAUCCACUCCCUGUGCGGCAGCCUGCAGGACAAGCUGGCGGAGAGAAAGGCGCUGCUGCUGCAGGCUGUGCAGAGCUGAGGCCGCUGCCCCUCCCCAGCCAGUAUGAGGAGAAGGACAAGGCCUUCAAGGUGCAGCUCUCCCAGCUGGCCACGCUGCUGCCCACCCUGCAGGUUCACCUGGUCAUCUGCUCCUCCUUCCUCAGCCUGGCCAGCAAGGCCGAGUUUCUGGACCUGGGCUACGAGCUGAUGGAGAGGCUGCAGGGCAUCGCCACCCGGCCCCACCGCCUCCGGCCGGCGCAGAGCAGCAAGAUCGUCAGCGACCACCGCGCUGAGUUCGCGCGCUGCCUGGAGCCGCUGCUGCUGCCGCCGCUGGGGCCGCGCCGCGCUGCGGGUGCCGGGGGCCCCAGCACGUUGGCAGGGGUCUCAGGCCCCAAGGUGCUGGUGCCCAGCUGCCCCUCCCCGGUGGGGAAGCUGUUGGGGUCCCCGGUCCAGAAGCCCACGCUGCACCGGGCCAUCAGCACCAAGGUGCUGCUGGCGGAGGGCGAGGACACGCCCUUCCUGGAGCACUGCCGCCGCUACGAGGACUCCUACCGGCGCCUGCAGGCGGAGAUGCAGAGCCUGAAGGACCAGGUGCAGGAGCUGCACCGGGACCUCACCAAGCACCACGCGCUCAUCAAGGCGGAGAUCAUGGCGGACAUCCUCCGCAAGGCCCUGCAGGUGGACGCGCAGAUCGCCUCGGAGUACGCCUCCGCGGAAGGGAUGAGAGCAGCCUUCCAGGAGAUGUGGGCGGAGUCCUACCAGCGGGUAGCUAACGAGCAGGAGAUUUACGAAGGUCCCAGGCAGCUGCUGCUGGGGCACCACCCCGUCUGUCCCGGAGCUAACCCACGUCCCGUAGGGCAGGAAGGCAGUUACCCACUAACCAGACACAAGAAUCCCCAUGCUCUUCCCUUAGCCCUUGGUUUGGCCUCCCAGCUGCUAACUGGCCCCCACACGAUGCACCUGGGGCCACGAUCCACCCAGCUCUAUGACCUCCUCCAGCUGAAGCAGGAGAACGCCUACCUGACCACCAUCACCAAGCAGAUCACACCCUACAUCCGCUCCAUUGCCAAGGUGAAGGAGCGGCUGGAGCCCAGGUUCCAGGCGCCCGCAGACGAGGAGUCAGAGCAGCUCCAAGACCCGGGUGACGCCAGCACGAGCGACGAGGCGCAGGCCAGGAGUGACCCGGUGUGCGGGGCGGACAAGAGGGAGAAGACCUCAGAGCCGAGAGGGAAUGGCCGGACCCCGCACGGCCUCACGGAAGAGCCUCCCCUGCAGAACAAAGAUCCUCACAGACCCAAAGCGCGAACCGGGGGUGAUGCCGCCCCACGGAGGGAGCGCCCCGCCUAGCGGAUGGGGCAGGUCCGGGGCGGGGCCUGUCACGGCAGGUGGGUGAGCCGGGCCUGUAAGAAACACGCACUCCCACCGCGAUGUUUCCCCAGGUGAAGGGGGAUCGCUUAUCGGCAGGAACACCCAGAAACUCUCCCAGGUCCUCAUUUCAGUCCCGUGUUCACGUGACACAAAGUCUUGGUGCUCAUCACGGGGACAGGGGAUGAGUCCUAGCCCCACCUGGUUGUUCAGUGAAGGGACACCCAGCCCAGCUGGUGUGGCUCAGUGGUUGAGCAUCAGUCUAUGAACCAGCUCACAGUUUGAUUCCAGGUCAGGGCACAUGCCCAGGUUGUGGGCUCCG